CCACAACAUUGCUAAAUUAAACUAAUGCUAUGUCCAAGCAUAUAAGAAGAAGAAGAAUAUACACUAACAACCCACCCUUCACAUUCCUAUAAAACACACACACCCCAUUGUCGUCCCCACAUUAAUUUGUUCAUGCAACAAUGGAUACUAUCAAGUCCUUCAAGGGCUACGGCAAAGUCGACGAGCUCCAACAAGCUGCCUUUAGAGCAAAAAUCCGCAAGAGAAUUAUCAUUCUUGCAAUUUCAUCUCUUCUGUUGAUUGCCCUCAUAAUCGGAGUUGUCGCCGGAACUGUAGUUCACAACAACAACAAGUCUGAUUCCGAUGUUCCGUCUACUCAGAGUUCUCCGGUGGCGGCUCUUAAGUCCAUCUGCAGCGUGACCCACUACCCGGAUUCCUGUUACUCCAGCUUGGGUUCGUCCAACUCCUCCGACCCGGAGAAGAUUUUCCAGUUCUCUUUGUCGGUGGUGAUGGGUGCUCUGGAGAAGGUAUCCACAUUUCCGGACGAGUUCAUGAACAAAACGGAUGACCCGUUAGUGAAGGAAGCGCUGACCGUCUGCGGGACGGUGCUGAACCACGCCGUUGAUUCCCUCAACGACUCCAUCUCCUCCAUGAACGUUGACGGCGGCGAGAAGCUGCUCUCCGUUCCCAGAAUCAGCGACUUGCAGACGUGGUUGAGCACUGUGGUCACGGACCAAGAAACGUGCUUCGACGCGCUGGAGGAGGUGAACGCCACCUUCGUGGAGGAGAUCAAACUUCUGAUGAAGAACUCGACGGAGUUCGCCAGCAACAGUUUGGCCAUAGUGUCCAAGCUGCUUGGGUUUCUAGGGGAUCUCAAGAUUCCAAUUCAUCGGCGGCUCCUGGGGGCGGAGGAAUCGGGAUUCCCGUCUUGGGUUAAGGCGGGGGACCGGAGACUCCUCCAGGCCAGCAUGCCAAAGCCGGACGUGACGGUGGCGAAGGACGGCAGCGGAGAUGUGAGGACUCUGAAGGAGGCGGUGGCAAGAAUUCCGAAGAAGAACAAAAGGAGAUUCGUUAUAUAUGUGAAGGCCGGAGAAUAUGUGGAGAAUGUGGUAUUAGAGAAGUCUUUGUGGAAUGUGAUGAUCUACGGCGACGGAAAAACCGCCACUCUGAUCUCCGGCAGCAAGAAUUUCGUCGACGGUACUCCAACUUUCUCCACAGCCACCUUCGCUGUUGUUGGAAAAGGAUUUAUCGCUCGAGACAUAGGGUUCAAGAAUACUGCCGGGACAAUAAAGCACCAAGCAGUAGCCCUUCGGUCGGGUUCUGACCAAUCCGUCUUCUAUCGUUGCUCGUUCGACGCAUUCCAAGACACCCUUUACGCCCAUUCCAACCGUCAAUUCUACCGCGAGUGCGACAUAACUGGCACAAUCGACUUCAUCUUUGGAAACUCGGCCGUCGUCUUCCAAAACUGCAACAUCUUGCCUAGACAACCUCUGCCUAACCAAUUUGUGACAAUAACUGCACAGGGAAAGAAAGACCCUAAUCAGAACACAGGCAUUUCCAUUCAACGUUGUGUGAUGAACCCUCUGGACAGACUCACUGUGCCGACAUACUUAGGCAGGCCAUGGAAGGAUUUCUCCACGACAGUUAUCAUGCAGACCAACAUUGGUGGGUUCUUGAGCCCAUUGGGCUGGAUUUCUUGGGUAAAAAAUGUGGAUCCACCAAGAUCCAUUUUCUAUGCUGAGUAUCAGAAUACUGGGCCGGGUUCAAGCACGAGAAAUAGGGUCAAGUGGGCAGGGUACAGGCCCACACUUACAGCCGCAGAGGCCUCUAAGUAUAAUGUACAGACCUUGAUUCAAGGCCCAUCCUGGUUGCCAGCUACAACUGUGGUCUUUGAUUCAACCUAGAAAACAACUGAUCUAUACACUCUUACUACACUGUUUUUUGUUUA